AUGAGUUACAACUAUAAUAAUCAAAAUCCCUUUGAAGCCGACACAAGCUACGAGAUGGGAAACUUCAAGAACCAAGGUUCUGAUUUUUUUGAUGAUAUCAACAGGUUCAAGCAAUCGUUAUCUGACUACUCGGAUCUUAUAAACCGAAUCGAUUCUGCUCAGAAAAGCUUGUUGGGCGAAUACGAUGAAGAAAAAGAAUUCAACUUAAAGAGGCAAAUUGAUUCCCUAUUGACUGAGAUCAAUUCCAAACAAAAUGAUUUAAAAUCUCAAUUAACCAAACUAAUGAAAUCAACCGGUGGUGAUAGCAUUAAGAAAACCCAAGCUGAAGCUGUUAGGGAGGAGUUUCUAGGGUUGAUCAGCAGAUUCAGUGUUAACCAAUCCAACCACAAAACCCAAAAUAAACAACAAGUAGCAAGACAAUAUAAGAUCAUCAAACCAGAUGCCACUGACUUGGAAUUAAAUCAAGCAGUUCAACAGUAUGAAGAUGGUAAUGGGGAACAAUUGUUCACUCAAGCAUUGCUAAAUACUAAUAGAAAAGGUGAGGCUAAAGCCGCGUUAUCCGAGGUCCAAGACAGACACUUGGAAUUGCUCAAAAUUGAAAAAUCAAUGCAAGAAUUGGCUCAAUUAUUUCAUGAUAUGGAAGAUUUAGUAAUUGAACAAGACGAAAACAUCCAAAUGAUUGAUAAUAAUAUCCAAAAGGCUCAAACUGAUGUUGAGCACGGUUUGGCUCAAGCUGAUAAAGCUGUUGAUAGCGCUAGAAAAGCAAGAAGCAAGAAAAGAUGGUGUAUUUUCAUUCUUAUCUUGAUUAUUCUAAUUAUUAUUGGUGCUGUUGUCGGUGGUGUUGUCGGAAGUCAAAAAUAA